AUGGCUAAAAAUAAAGUUGUAAGAAGCAUGAAUCUUCUUCAACAUUCCUUGAGCAUGUUGAAGCAUCAAAGCGAAGAGAAACUGUCAUCUUCCCGACUGAAAAACAGAAGAAUACAGAACCCCAGCAAAGCACAAUUCUACGCAUACACCCACGCCUUACCAUUUUUAUUUUAUUUGGCCUUAUCGCUCAAAAGCCGCACUGCUUAUGCUUACAAUAUCGUUGAUCCUAAUGUAUGA